GGCCGACCGUUGAUGCUGUCUGUCCUUCGUCGACUUUUGAUGACGUUUUUUAUGUAACCUCGGUUUACUGCGCGAAAUACAAAGCGACGGAGGCAUGUUUCAGCGCCUAGUGAGAGAACAGGAGCUGUGAAUGAACAGCACCACCAGUCAGUGGGUGUAUAUAUCUCCUCCUCAGUGAUGGAGCAUGGAAAGGAGAGAGUGGUGGCGUUAGUGGACAUGGACUGUUUCUACGUGCAGGUGGAGCAGAGGCUGAACUCCGCUCUGAGGAACACUCCCUGUGUGGUGGCUCAGUACAAGACCUGGAAGGGAGGCAGUAUCAUAGCUGUGAGCUACGAGGCCAGGGCCCACGGUGUCACCAGGAACAUGUGGGUGGACGAUGCAAAGAAACUGUGCCCAGAUCUCCAGGUGGCACGAGUGCGCGAGUCUCAUGGCAAGGCAGACCUGACACAUUAUAGGGAGGCGAGUGUGGAGGUGAUUGAAGUGAUGUCUCGCUUCGCUGUGAUCGAGAGAGCCAGCAUUGAUGAGGCCUACAUGGAUCUGACUGCUGCGGUCCAGCAGCGACUGAAAAACAUGACCGACAAAGAAAUUGAGGCUCACCUGCUGAGGGCGACCUUCAUCCAGGGGUACCCACUAAGUUCACCUGAACAGGAAGCACCUGCAGAGGAUGCUGCCUUGGAUAAAGCGUCAUGUUUGUCCCCAGAGGAGCAGAGGUCCAGAGGUGUCCAGCAGUGGCUGGCAUCCCUGCCUGUCCCUCUAGUAGGGGAGCAGAGCCCUGCAGACCUGCAGCUGACUGUGGGGGCACUCAUUGUCGAGGAGAUGAGGGCAGCCGUGGAGAAAGACACAGGUUUCAGCUGUUCAGCAGGGAUAUCGCACAAUAAGGUACUGUCCAAACUAGCUUGUGGUCUGAACAAACCUAACCGACAAACCGUUCUGCCUUUGGACUCCGUGACGGAACUCUUCAGCUCUCUACCCAUCGGCAAGAUUCGUAACCUGGGGGGUAAGCUGGGUGCCUCCAUUUCAGAAACUCUGGAAGUAGAGAACAUGGGAGAUCUGACCCGCUUCACUCAGGCUCAACUGGGUCAGCACUUUGGAGAAAAGACGGGCCAGUGGCUGUAUGACUUGUGUCGAGGGAUCGAGUUUGAGGCGGUGAAACCCAGACAGCUCCCCAAGUCCAUCGGCUGCAGUAAAAACUUCCAAGGGAAGACAUCGCUGGCUACAAAAGAGCAGGUACAGCAUUGGCUUCAUCAACUGGCCCUUGAGCUGGAGGAGAGACUCACCAAGGACAGAGAAGUGAACGGUCGAGUGGCUAAGUUGUUGACGGUCGGCGUGCGUCAGCUCGGGGACAAGGGGCGGAGCGGCUUCUCUCGCUGUUGCGCUUUAGUGCGCUACGAAGCGGCCAAACUAUCCGGCGACAGCUUUGCCAUCAUCAAGAGUCUCAACACGGCAGGAAACCACCAGGCAGCAUGGACUCCACCCCUCACACUGCUACACCUCUCCGCUAGCAAAUUCAGCGACACUCCAUCAGCGAGGGGCAUCGCCGGCUUUCUCUCCAGCGACGUCACUUCAACCCAGAGUCUUUUCUCCACCACCCAGCCUUCAACCCAGACCUCCACCCAGCCCUCCACCCAGCCGCCAUCUGAACCGAGAAAUGACUCCUCCAUGUGCAAACAACCUGGCACCAUCCAGUCCUUCUUUCAAAGGGCAGCUGAGAAGCAAAGACAGAAGGUGACACAAGAUGUAGACGAGGAGGACGAAGAAGACUCCACAGGGAAUCUCCCAUCUUCAUCCUCCCACAAAACCUCCUCUACUGAUAGCAAGUUGGAGGCGGAUACCGAUCACCCCGUUUCUUCCUUUACACUUCUUUCUCACUCUAAAAAUGGUUCAGCGAGCCCCCAUUCUGGCAUUUCGUCUUUCUUCCACAAGAAGAGUCUUGAAAGAAGCUCAACAUCAAACAAGCCUGGACCUGACAAUAACGAAGACUCAGAAGACACUGCUGCGUCGGGGCUACAGGCAACACAUAGCUCAUCUUCACCAUGUGACGAGUUGAGGGAUGAACUGGACAUUGAUCCAGAGGCGAGUCACCAUCCUCCCAGUGUGGCCAGAGAAGACCUGUUGAACUGUGAGCGCUGUGGCCAGGAGGUGUCAGUCUGGGAAAUGCCUGAACACAACGACUAUCACUUUGCUCUGGACCUCCAGAACUCACUCUCCUCAUCAACAGGUUCAGCACCCAUCUCUUCCUCUUCUUCCAAUGUCUCUCUAACUCCUCUCAGAGCCCCGUUCUCACGUGGAAAGAUAAAAACCAGAGGUCAGUCAGGACCACAACCGAAAAGGCAUCGCUCCCAAGGUGGAGGUACGGGCACUCUGGAUUCCUUUUUCAAGAAGAACUGAAGCUGUAGAGCUGCAUUU